CUCUUUGGCCCACCCGCCCGCCUGUUAAGUUAUUGCAUAACCGUGACAUGAACUCUGUUUUUCUUCGUCUUCACAUGACGUAGCUAUGAGACUUUGAAACCCAAUUUCCGGCUUCUUUCAUCUUCAUCUUCUUCUUACUUCCUUUUGUCUCUCUGUCUCUGGGCCUUAACUUUCCUCUUCUUUUCUUUUCCCUGCCCCUCUCUCUCUAUUUCUUCUUCCAGGCUUUGUUCUGGGUCAUCUUCUCAAACCUCUCUUGAAAUUCCUCCCUCCCUCUCUCAUCAUUUCUUCUCUUCGGCAAGUUCAUCAACCAAGACUCACUCCCCACCGCUCCCUCGCUUCUCCCCCGCUCUAUUUUCACAAGUCCGUUUUGGGCAUUUCUGCCCCUUCUCUGUCGCCAUGACCAUCUACAUUGCCUCACUGUUUCUCCCUUAUACGGUGGACUUCCAUGUGAACGAACCGCAAAACCAUGACGCCGACGCGACCACCAGCCCACCGUUGACUAACCCCGUUCAAAGCAUUGCCGCUACCCCUAACGUGGCUGUGAGCUUGUUUGAGAAAAAUAAUCCCGAUAUCAAGCCUGGAGUCACCCCUGGGCCCGCAUCGGAGCACGAACAAUUCUUCGCCGCGGACAUCGCCAAAGCUGAACAGGAGCACUCCGGCUACCCGUUUCCCACUACUGAACGGGAAGCAAACCUUUUGACGGAGAGCGAAGCUCAUUCACCUGCAUGGGGCUCAACCCUCUCCUUGAAUCAGCCUCGACCCCGCGCAGCAUUCCCGGCAUCACCUUCUAUCCUUAAGCACCAAGAACCAAUAGCGCCAGGGACGGAGCCUGCAAAGGAGAAAACGCGAACGACUCCGCAGCCACUGACGUCGUAUGCUAGCGAUCAUCGUCGGUCCCAGAGCCGCAAGAGCUCAUUCUCUGACGCUGAAUGGACCAUUCAGACUGCGGAGCAGGGCAAUGGAGGGCUGCGCAACGCUGUGCGUUCCGCCACAGAUGCUGGCCAGCUAGAGGAUAAGGUCUGGGUGGGCACCCUGGGCAUGCCUACUGACGCGUUGCCCCAAUCCACCAAAGAUUCCAUUGCUAAGAAGCUCGAGGAUGAGUACGGAUCCAUGACGGUCUAUGUCAGCGAUGGCGACUUUGAUGGUCACUAUACCCAUUUUUGCAAAACGAUUCUCUGGCCGGUUUUCCACUACCAGAUUCCUGAUAACCCCAAAAGCAAAGCCUACGAAGAUCACUCCUGGAUCUAUUAUGUCAAAACCAACCAAGCUUUCGCCGAAAAAAUCGCCCAGAAGUGGAAACGUGGCGAUUCCAUUUGGAUCCAGGAUUACCAUCUGCUCCUUGUUCCGGCCAUGUUGAGGAAGCUUUUGCCUGACGCUCAAAUCGGUUUCUUUCUGCACAUUGCCUUCCCAUCUUCCGAGGUGUUUCGUUGUCUGGCCCCUCGUAAGGAGCUACUAGAAGGCAUUCUGGGAGCGAAUCUGGUUGGAUUUCAGACGGACGAAUACUGCCGUCACUUCCUUCAGACAUGUAGUCGCCUCCUUUGCGUAGAAGCCACCAACGAAGGGCUUCAACUAGAAGAUCGCUUCGUGAACGUGGGCAAGUUCUCCAUCGGCAUUGACCCGACUUCGUGGGACCAGCGGCGUCGAGCAGCCGACGUGGAGCGGUGGAUCAAGACUAUUGCAGAGCGCUACGAAGGCAAGCGUCUCAUUGUAUCGCGCGAUAAGAUUGAUCAGGUCCGAGGUAUCCGACAGAAGCUUUUGAGUUAUGAGCUUUUCCUUAACACAUAUCCCGAAUGGCGCGAUCAGGUUGUAUUGAUUCAAGUAGCAACAAGCACGACUGAGCAGCCUGAGCUCGAGGCCACCAUUUCUGACAUCGCGAUGCGCAUAAAUUCAACACAUUCCACGCUGGCCCAUCAGCCAUUAGUCUUUUUGAAACAGGACCUGGCCUUUCCUCAGUAUCUUGCUUUGAUCUCCCUCGCCGACGCAUUAAUCAUUACAAGCUUACGCGAAGGAAUGAACUUGACAAGUCAUGAGUUUGUAUACUGCCAAGAUGGCAAAUGGGGCAAUAACAAGAAGUAUGGCUCGCUCAUUCUGAGCGAAUUCACCGGUAGCGCGUCUAUCUUCGGCAAUCAUGCGCUCUUGGUGAACCCUUGGGACUAUCGACAAUGCGCGGAGGCAAUUCACACAGCACUGUCGCGUAGUGAAACAGAGCGCAAGGAGGUAUGGACGCAAAUGCACCAGGCAGUAUUGCAGAACUCGACGGCCAACUGGGUCAAGUCGUUCAGUGAGACCUUGAAUCGUGUCUGGAACGAGCAAUCCUCGCGUGAGAUCAUGGCUGUGCCACGUUUGCAAUUGAACAAACUAGAGGAACUGUACCAGAAAUCGACUCGUCGACUAAUUAUCGUGGAUUAUGAAGGCACUCUGGCAUCAUGGGGAUCCCCCAAGAGCAUAAUCGUGACUACACCUCAGCGAGCUAUCACCACACUGGCGGAGCUGACGGAUGAUCCACGCAACGUGGUGUACGUGAUGAGUGCGCGUAUGCCAGAAGAGAUGGAACGUCUGUUCCGCCUAGUCACUGGCCUGGGCUUGAUUGCGGAGAAUGGCUGUUUCGUGCGGGAACCGAACUCGGAGACCUGGCUGAAGUUGACGGACAAGACUCAGACGGACGCUUGGAAGACGGCAGUACUCCAGAUUUUGGACUACUACCAGGAGCGCGCUGAGGGUAGCUGGAUUGAACAGCGACACUGCUCACUCGUCUUCCAUUAUGGAUCCGCGGAAGACCAGGUGGCGGCUGCACGACUAGCUUCGGAGUGUGCGGGACACAUCAAUGAUGCUUGUGCUAACCAGGGUGUUCACGCUAUUCCCGUGGAGGGAGCCCUCGUGGUUGAGCCGAUGGGCACAAACAAAGCAUCAGCGACGGAACUAGUAUGGCGAUCGUGUCUGAAGCAAAAUGAACAAGAUGAGAGCGUAGCCCGUCCGGAUUUCCUGUUGGCGAUCGGAGACAGUCGCGACGACGAGCCUGUGUUCCGGUGGGCUAACAAACUGGAAAGCGCACAAGCGGUUACCCACGCCGUGACGGUGACAUUGGGUUCUCGGAGCACAGAAGCCAGGGCCACCUUAACCCAAGGUGUGACAGGAGUCUUGUCGUGCUUGGAACGGCUGGCUGAGCACAAGUCAUAAAUUGAUGACUCUGCAUGCAUCUCUGACGCAAACACGCACACAUUCAGAAGCACACGACGAUACGAUUACAGGACAUAUAUUUCAUUUCUACAUAGGCAUGAAUACACGGAUACAUGCUUACGGGGUGGCCCUCCGCGGAUUUAACCCCUGACGUUACCAAGAAUCGGGCAAUUAUGCCGAUCUCCUAAGCAUACAGGGUACAAGGGCCGAAAAAAAGUAUUGAGGGGGUUCAGAAUGAGCUAGCACGAGGGACAGCCGGUCAGGUGAUGGUAACCUUUGGAGUUAUAGUUCUUUGAGUUCAUUGUACGAAGUAGACCGACCUUAUUCUUAGAGUAGUCAAUUCGAGCCACAUGAAUCUCAC